AUGUCUACACAGAAACGAUUGCAAUUGAAGGGUCCAAAUCCAAUCUCAAUUCCGAGAUGUCUGCCAUUGCCAACUCCUCUGCAAAACAGCAUUCAAGGCCUCUGCGAUGUGGAAAGACUGAAGUUUCUGGGACAUGGUAGUGAGGGCAUUGUAUACAAAGUACUGCAGCGCAAAUCCUGCUCUUAUUAUGCUCUCAAAGUUGUGCACCGUAAAGCUGGUUCUACUGAAAAGAUUAUGAGAGAGGUUGAAAUAAUGAAGAAGAUCCAUUCUUCUAGGAUUGUGCAAUUUGAGGGUGCAUUUGAAGAAGGUGGGAAUAUCAAUUUUCUGUUGGAAUACAUGGACGGAGGCUCUCUCCACAGCUUGCUAAAGCUCAAUAAAAGAAUGGCAGUCUCAUUCUUGGCUAGAGUUGCUAGGCAUGUUUUGGAAGGUUUGGAAUACCUGCAAAGUGAAAAUAUUGUGCACAGAGACAUCAAGCCCUCCAAUCUCUUGAUUAACUUGAAUCCACUUCAAAUCAAGAUUGCAGACUUUGGGGUGAGUACAAUUGUAUCAGAACUUGCAUGUGACAUCUACAAUUCAUCUGCGGGAACGUGUGCUUAUAUGAGUCCAGAGAGACUAAAUCCCUACAUUUAUGAUGGAGCCCCUUAUGAUGAUUAUUAUUAUGGAGGAGAUAUUUGGAGUCUGGGAGUAACACUCAUGGAAUGCUAUGUGGGUCAUCAUCCCUUUCUACCGCCAGACCAGAACAUAGAUUUGGCUACACUUAUGUGUGCUAUUUGUUUUGAGGAUUCGCCCACUUUGCCUCCUGCUGCUUCGACAGAGUUUUACAAUUUCAUUGAAUGCUGCCUAAAAAAGGACGUUAGGAGAAGAGGGACUGCCUCUCAGCUUCUCAAUCAUCCCUUCAUUGUUAAUAAUAUGGCAAAGGAAAAGUUCUUAUGA